AUAUCUAUCUAUCUAUCUCUCUCUCUCACUAUGUAAUGAUGAUGGAAGCACUACCGCAGCCUUAUGUAUGUCCAAACCAGACAAUAAUUAAGGUGGGCAUCACCCCGCAGGUCUUACGUUAUUAAGACCAUUACUUUUUUCUCUUCAGACAGACCCUAAUUACCUGCUUGCUAGGCCGGGGAUCAGAUCUUCAUGUCUGAUCUCUCUGCACCUCCAAACUUACGGCAAACAAAAAUGGCGGAAAGUGUUGUUGACUUGAACAUGAUCCCUCUGGACGAUGGGGAAGAAGAAGAAGAGAUUAUAAUCAAUCCGAAAACCAGCUCGAGCUCUAACGACCAGAGCGACGAUGAUCAGUUGGACGAGGAGGAGAUCACCACGAGUAAUGAUGGCAACGGCAGCAGCACCGCCGCCGCCAGUAGCGGCGGCAGUGGCGGCGGCGUUCGACAGUACGUGAGAUCCAAGGUUCCGAGGUUAAGGUGGACACCUGAUCUCCACCUUUGCUUUGUCCAAGCUGUCCAACGCCUCGGCGGUCAAGAGAGAGCGACGCCCAAGCUCGUUUUGCAGCUAAUGAAUGUUAAGGGACUAAACAUUGCUCAUGUCAAGAGCCACCUACAGAUGUACAGGAGCAAGAAGGUUGAUGAUCAUGGCCAAGUGAUAAAUGAGAGAGCUGGAUAUCAUACGGGGAACACAAACAAUCUUCUGCAAAACCUCUGGCAAUUACCCAUGUUUGAUCGGAGAAUUAGAUCCAACUUCAGGUACAUGAACAAUUCUUGGAGCUGCAGCAAUGCAAACUGGAUGUCUGCAAGGAACAAUAAUUCGAUCAUCAAUGGAGGUUUGGGAAUGAACAAGAACAUGAUCUUCACAGGCGGCCCAGAGUGGAAAAGAGGCCAUGAAGCCCUGAGAGAAGCCAAUAAUGCGAAACCAACACAGUUACAGUCAGGAGAGAGCUUGAUCCCAAGCUUCAUCAAUGGAGUUUCUUCCCCAGACAUAAAAUGGAGCAGUUUUAGCCCUGCAAUGAAGAGAAACGGAGGCGAAAAGGCGGUGGAUUUGAACCUGACAUUGAGCAUGAACUUGAAGAGAGAGAGAGAACAAGAUGACAGCAACAGCAGGCACUGUAAGAGGAGGUGUUUGGAUGGUGGGGAAGAAGUGGAUAGCUCAUUGUCUCUCUCAUUGUCAUCUUCAAGAUCUAAAUGUGCUUUCUGAAUUAAUAUUGAACUUUAGGAAGCUAAGUAAGUAUGAUGAUUUGAGGAUUUUAAGGUAAGGUUUUUAGGGGGAGUUUUUGAAGAAUCCAAGAUUUGCAAGUACUCUGGAUCUCAUCACAACACCAAUUCAUCACCAGGAAUUGUAGUGAGAUGUUGUUGGUACUUGCAAUAAGGAUAUAUAUAUACAUAUAUAUAUAUGUUGCAUGUUGUUUAAGGAUCAUAUCAUAUGAUGAUGCACUGUACUGUUGUUCUUCACUUUUAGCUUCUGCUUAAUUAAUUGUAGUGAUUCAUCAAUCUUAUGGAACCUCAAUUCUUUAAUUUCCCACUUUUAUUCUA